AUGGCUUCUUCUUCUUCUUCCUUGCUGCGUUCAAUUCCGAUUUCGUUUCCCUCCACCACCCAACGCGCGCUCAAAUCCCCGCGCCCUUCGCUUCGUGCUUCCGCUACUCCGACUCAGAAGGCUCGCUUCGUCGCUCGCCGCAAGGAGUCCGUUUCGGUUCGCCAACUGCAACGCCCCCUAAUUGAGUACAUGCGGUUACCGGCGAGUCAGUACUCGGUGUUGGAUGCGGAGAGGAUUGAGCGAGUAAACGACAACACGUUUCGGUGUUACGUUUAUAAAUUCAAGUUCUUCACGUUUGAGAUUUGUCCAGUGUUGUUGGUUAAGGUGGAAGAGCAACCUGAUGGGUGUUGCAUCAAGCUCUUGUCUUGCAAGCUCGAGGGAUCACCGGUGGUUGCUGCACAGAACGACAAGUUUGAUGCUCUAAUGGUUAAUCGGAUAUCGUGUGAUAGUAAUGCUAAUAACUCUUUGAAGCAGCAACUCACAUCAGACACUGUAAUUGAGGUAAGCAUUGAAAUUCCUUUUCCUUUCCAAGCAAUACCAAAGCAAGCAUUUGAAUCAGCUGGGACUCAAGUCCUUGAACAAAUACUCAGGAUUAUGCUUCCCCGAUUUAUGUCACAGGUCCAAUCAAAUGCACCAAGGUGUAGGAGGUUGUACUUGCACGUUGGUACAGAAAUGUUGCCUCCGAAACAAAAUCAUGAACUGGUCAAGAGGCCUAUGGUUGACACACCCAUCGUUCACCAGAUUUUCCGAAUGAGAAUUUCCAUAAAGAAACAGCAGCCAAACUGUUUAAAGAACAGACGUGGAGCUGAUUGUGAGGAAGCAACACACGAUCCGUACAUCUGGCUUGGGCCUCUGGAGAUACCUCUAGGCAACCUCUUGGAACAGGUGAAAUCUGAAAUUGCCACUGGCGCUGCCCCUUAUAUUGCUGUAUAG